CGGAUACGAUGUCUACUCGAUGAGACAUUGCAGGCGUCACUGCCAGUUCCUCCAGGGGGACCUCUCUCUGUGCGAACAGGAAAUACAAACCCCUGCAUAUGCAGUCUACCACCUUCCCAUCGCUUUGCUACUCGGGCCGAUUCAGUCCCUUUGAUCUUGCUCCUCCUCGAUUUGAAAAUCCGACAGAAGAAGGAGAAAGUAAAACGAGGGAGACGAAAAAAGUUGAAAGCAGCAUUCAGGACAAAUCCCAAACGCCGCUCCCCUGUAACCCUGCACCGUGGCGUCCGCGCAAAAAGGAAACCGCGUACUGCGAAUGCUGUCAUCAACCCUUCACCAAUCUGGAGGAGCACUUACAGUCGGAUCAGCACCGUAUGUUUGUGCUGGAUCCCUCCAACUACACUGUGGUUGAUCAACUUGUGGCUGAGAUGCUCCCAGGAUUCAACCCUAGUCCACCUGAACAACCAGAAGAAACAGAACCACCAAGUCUGCAGCUCAUCCAGGACGUCUGUGAACUGGAGCCUCUCACUGAUGGCGAGACGGAACUUGCCAUUCAGGCCCUGCGCAGACAAAGUUCAUCGUCCAUAAUCAUCUCCAGUUCUACCGCGGGUCGUCUUACCAUUGACCCUGGCAGCCCAUCGCUAGGAGUUCUGUUUCCCGUCGCAAGACCAGCCACACCACCUGCUGACAUCCAGCCUUUCACUCCAGCUGAGUGCCAGCUCCCGGAUAUCCAGCCCCAGGUUUUGAGCCCUGUCAUGCCUCUAUUGGAUGUUCAACCACAAUACCACGCCUCACCCAGCCAGCAGCCAUCCUCUUGUCCUGAUACCCCUGAUACUCCAUCCGUUGACCCUUACUCUCUGCCCCCUGUCCUCAGCCCUCAAAUCCCUUCCUGCAUUAUGGAGCUGCACAGCCCGUACUCCGAGCCGCCUGUCCUCAGUCCUCAACAGUACAUCGAAGAGGAAACUCUGGAAGUCAGUGAAAGGGAUACUGCGGAGAGUUUUUCGGACUCUGUCUCAGCUGUCACGGUUCCCAUCACCGUCUCCCUCCCUUACACUGCAGCUGAGACAAAUGCAGAGGUGGAAGAUGGUUGUUUAGCAUUGAGUGGGAUCAUAUUUUCUGGCAGUGGUUCGGUGUGUGAUAAACUGGUGUCAUGUCGAUCCCAGUCAUUGCCUCGACAGUCAGCUACAGCUCCAAACCACAAAAAACGCUGUCGCUCAGCCAGCCCCGAAUGUAACCGCAGCAAAAGGAGUAGGAUUACAGCGAAAUGUAACUGGACUGAACAAGGGUUGAUAUCUAUAAAACCAGAACGUGACAUUAGGCCAAAGUGUGGGGGGUAUUCAUUAUUUGACAAGGCCUCUUGUCAGAUAACACAGUGUCCUCGACAGCAGGUCUCUUCUUCAUGCACGGGGGAAAAACUUGAUUCUUCAACAUUUUGUGUUCCAACUGUGCAGAAUUUUCCAUGGGAACCGAGUCAAACUGACAUUUUGGGUCAAAGUAACGCACGUGUAACAACUCCUUCAAAUACAAAGACUUUUGAACCACAGCUUCAGCUCCACUAUGGAGAAUCUCUCAGUGCGUUUUCCAGCCAAGACUCUCAGCGUUCACUAUCCCACUCUACCUCCGUGUGCAUCGAGUCGGCCCUCAUCCCUGACUUGGCUGCGCUCUCUCCAUCGUCAUCUGACUCUGACUGGGAGUGUGACCUGCUGUCACGGCUGGGCCCGGCCUCGGCGACACCUCUUUUGCCCUCUGAGCAGAGCUGUGUUGUCGACAACGAGCUCCUCCAUAAGCCGUGCAAGUGGAUGCAAGACACCAGCUACGAGUCACGUCUGCACACGGCCCUCCAGCCGGCGACCCCAUCGACCUCACUGUGUGGGGAGGAAAUGGACCCAUCAGUGUUUUCCAGGACUGUGAUACAGAUUGUUCAAGUUCAGCACUGACUAUUAAUCUGGUGAUUGUUCCAGAAAACUAGAAGAACCACCACUGGGAGCAGUAAGUGUCGGACUCUGCAGCUGCUUAUUCCACCUCGAGGAACAAUGUGCAGCACUUAAGCUCUUCAAAAUAAACCACUGACGUGUACAUUCAAUAAAUAUUUAAAAUUGAGUGCAAACUAAAAGGUAACGCUCAACUGUUUUUAGGUCGUGCACAUUUGUAUUAUUGGUUGUAGUAGAUGCAUAGUGGAUCCUGCAUCCUCGCAUGCAUUUAAAGAGCUUCCAUUAUCAUGCUUACUCUCAACCUGUAAUUCUCCUUGUGCACAGAACACGAGCAGUUUCUGUAUAUUGUGCUGACUGCAGCGUUUCAGCAGCAAUGUCCGGGAACACACGUUGGUACUGAGAAUUUAACGAGGCUUUUCUGAAUGGGGGCAUUACUCAAUUACUGUAAGUGCUGCAUCUGGAUCAGAUCCCGAUUGCACCGGCGUAGAUGGUCAAACGGGCGAGAGGAGGCCUCGCACAAGGUGCAAGACAAACUGUCUAAUUAAUGUGAAACGACUUUUCCUCCCUUCUGAAGGUGGGCCAAAGAACCUGUUCCGCUGUAGUGCACUGCAGCUACAGGAGCUUUAUUAUCCUCACUUCUCGGUGUAGGAAAUUUAAGGUCGCGUGCCAUUAAAGACUCACCACAGCUCAUCAUAGCUGACAAAACUCAAAUCGAAUGUCACCAAGAAAUCUCACCCAGUUCUCGUGGGGGAAAUGUGAAGUGAAACCUUGUGUGGUGUUUUUAAAUAAACGUUUUUAACCUUAAA